AUGGAGGCAAGAGCAAUCAAAAUGCAGCACAGAACAGACCUUACUUUUCAUCACGCCAUGGCUGAGAUAAGUAUAAAACUUCUAAUUAAUAAAGAGCAAAAGCAGGUUGUAUUUGCCGAAGCUGGGAGUGAUUUCAUUGAUGUCUUGUUUAGCUUCCUUACUCUGCCGCUAGGAAGCAUUGUCCAGCUUUUGGGCAAGCAGUCGGGCUUGGGAUCUCUUGACAGCCUUUAUAAGAGCGUUGAGCAGCUUGACGUCAAGCACAUGCAAACCAAGGCAUGCAAGGAAAUGCUUCUCAAACCUCGAAGUGCUGCUGCAAAAAUAUGCGAGGAUUUGAAAAUUAAAAAUAUUCAUGAGGCCAACCCAAGAACUUCAUACAUUUGCAAUGAAGGUGAUUGCUCAACUCAAUCAACAUGUUAUUGUACCUAUGUAACUAAAGCUCAAUGCAGCCGUUGUGGCAAACUGAUGGAUAAGGCUUUGAGAUGGCCAAAAGAUACAGUAGAAAAGAGUGGGGUCUUUGUUAAUGACAGAGCUGGUUUUAUUAUUACUGAUAAUUUAUGGGUGAUGCCAAUUUCUGUGAUGACUGGUUUCUCCGUGCUUGAGAAGUUGCAAAUUAAUGAUGCAAGCAUGUUAGAGGAAAGGGUUAUAAAUGUUGGCAAUGAAGAGGCUUUAAACUUACUGAGGAGGUCAUUAGAAUCCAAACGUGCAUUGACGGAGUUUUUCUUCCCCGAUGCAUGCGUUGAACAAAGUGUGAAGUGCUUCCCAGUGAUUAAAGAAGAUAUUGACGGCAACGAAGCAGAACAUAAAUUUAAUGUGAAGAUGAUAUUAAACAAGAAAAACAACAGUGUUUUAUCUGCCGAAGUUGGGGGAGACUUCCUCAAUCAGUUGUUGAGUUUUCUCGCAUUUCCUUUAGGCUCUGUGAUCGAACUACUCCGGGAUCACAUAUCAUCAGAUUGGUGCAUCAGCAAUUUGUAUUCCUCGGCAGAGAGCUUGGGCUUAGAAUGGUUCAAGUCAAAAGAAUGUAAAAACAUGUUGGUGUUUCCACAACUUGCCUCCUACUAUGGAUGCGAAAAGCAAAUGAUAAAAUUUGUUGAAAUGCCAUCAGCUAAGUGGACCUGUUCGGCGAGCUGCAUAAAGUGCUAUGCGGAUGGGUGGUAUUGUUUUAAACCUACUCCGUGCAAGCAUGGAUUAAGGAAGGCAGAACUCAUAGAACAAAAUCCCAAGUUGCAAAAAGGAGGGAGUGAUUAUGGUGGAAGUUUUGUGGAAGACUCAAAAAGGUUUAUGAUUGCUGAUAACCUUCACAUAUCUCCCAUAUCAUCAAUUUCCCUCAUAAUAACUGAAGGAAUAGACUUUCUCAUUUCCGAUUUUGUUGAAAAGGAAAUAAUCAUUGAUAAGACUAAGGUUUUGUCUUUGCUGGGUGUGAUGCUGACAUCGAAUACUGUUUUAACUGAUGUUUUCGUUCCUAAGCAGAAGAAGCGCAGCAGAAGCCACUAUAUGUAG